AUGGAUGAAAAUGACGAUCAAUAUCGUUGGGAGUCGGGCUAUGAGCGAACAUGGGAAGUUAUUCAAGAAGAUGAGACUGGUUCACUUACAGCGGCAAUUAAUGCCAUUAAUCAGAAAAAUCGACGGAAAGAGUUAGCACAAUUGCCCAAUGUUCGUCUUGGCAUGAUGCGCCAUCUCUACUUAGUUCUGGAUAUGUCAGAUGCGAUGAAAGAUCAAGAUCUUCGUCCGAAUCGUCUUUUUUGUGCUAUUGAACUUUUAAAAGAAUUUAUUUUUCUCUAUUUUGACUCAAAUCCAAUUUCUCAAAUCGGUAUUAUUAUCACACGGCGAAAACGUGUCGAAAAAAUCAGCGAAUUAGCCGGUAAUCCACGCUCACAUGUUGCUUUACUCGAACAACUAAAAUAUCAAGAAUGCGAAGGUGAAGCUUCGAUUCAAAAUGCUCUUGAAAUGGGUUUACAAACAUUAAAACACAUGCCGAAGUAUUCUAGUCGUGAAAUGUUGUUCGUUCUUGGCUGUUUAGCAACGUGUGAUCAUGGAAACAUUCUACAGACAAUUAAAACUUGUAAAGAAAAUGAAAUUCGAUGUUCAGUGAUCAGUGUGUCGGCUGAAGUUCGUAUCUUCCGAAAAUUAUGCAUGGAUACCAAAGGACUAUUUCAUGUUAUCACUGAUUCGACACAUUUUCAAGAACUAUUACAAAUCCAUUCUCGACCAUUGCCAGCAUUAGAUAAGUUCGAAUCUUCACUCGUGCGAAUGGGAUUUCCGAAAUAUCGCACGUAUACAACACCAAACGCCAGUAUUUCAUCGACAACGGCAAUUGCAAAGCAUGAGAAAGCUUCCAUGUGUAUGUGUCAUCUCGAGCAACGUGGUGGAACAAAUGGAUUCUCCAUUGGCGGCUAUUUUUGCCCGACGUGCGAGAGUAAAUAUUGCGAAUUGCCAACUGAGUGUAGUGUAUGCCAUUUAACAUUGGUAUCCGCACCGCAUUUAGCGCGUUCGUAUCAUUUCUUAUUUCCAAUUGAACAAUUUAUUGAAUUAACCAUGGAAAAGCCAAUCAAUGAGAAGUGUUUCGGUUGUCAGCAGGCGUUCGAUGAACAGAAACAUAAAACAAUCUAUCAAUGUACAAGUUGUAAAAAUUUCUUUUGUUUCGAAUGUGAUCUAUUUAUACACGGAACCAUCUUUACAUGUCCCGGUUGUAUACGGAAUGGGCAACUGAAAUAA